AUGUCUUACCUACAAGAAACGUUUGAAGAACGCUGUCACACCACAGGAGCACCAAGUCACCUUUCGUUUUUCACCGCAUCAAUAUCGAUUCUACUUUUAGUUACAAAUAUCCCUGGGAACCUCCUUCUAAUCCUUGCUGUAGCCUUUGAUCCUCAUAAAAACCUCCGGAGCCCGUUUAACUAUCUCAUGUCAAAUCUAGCCGUCGCUGACCUCAUAGUUGGUUUAGUGACUGGACCGUUGUCAGUCAACUAUCAUAUUAAGGAAGGUCUGUAUGGGCGGCUAUCUAUUGGGGAAAUCAGACUGUUUCAUAUGAGUUACUUUGUGUCAUGCACGGCGAGUAUUCUGAGCCUUGCGUCACUGGCAACCGAACGGUACCUCGCUAUGAGAAAUCCCCACAACUAUCGCAACAAGUUAACCCGAAAGAGAAUCCUCAUGACCGUCAUUUUAAUAUGGCUCGUAUCCUUCACACUACCUUUCAUAUAUUUUGAAGUGGGGUCUAUAACUUGUGCAUUUAUACUGGCAAACACUGCAGUCUUUCUAGCUCUUGCAGUGCUUGGCUGCUAUGGUCCUUCCGCCAUAUUUAUUUACACGAUGAGUUUUUGCGAAACAUGCAGCUGUGAGGCUUUGCACUGGUUUAGAGAUUUGCAGUUCUUGUUUGUGCUUCUCAAUUCGUCUGUGAAUUUCUUUUGCUAUGGUUUAAGGUCGCGAAGGUUUCGGAAGGCGUUUGCAACAAUCUUGAGGUUACCAAAUUUGCAGGAAAUUCCAUGA